AUGGAUUUGGCAAAAUCCUUAUUUGAAAGUAGAAACCACGAGGGUUAUGUUGGGAAGGAUGCUCACACAAAGCGUGAAUUAGAAUUAGCUAUCGAACCUGAUGAUUCAGAGGAUAACUUUGUUGAAAACUUUUCCCAAGGUCUGAGUAUAUCUGAUUCUGUGACAACUACACCAGGAAGUCCCUUUUGUGCUCUGACCGCGAGUAUGUGGCCUCAGGAUAUAAUUGCUAAGCAGUCGCUGGUUCCUGAUGAUCCCAAUUCCCAACCAGAAUAUAGAUUUGACGAGUUUGGUUUUCGAGUGGAUGAAGAAGAUGGUCCUGAACAGAACUCUAAUAAACUUCUUGGUAUACCUUUCGUGGAAGAUCCUCAACACAGAUUACAGUGGGUAGCUCACUUAGAAUUUUCCCACAACAAGGAAGUGUCAGAUUUAACCUGGGACAAGGUUGAGGUCAGAUUGCCAAGGACAGACAAGUUGCUUACGAUGGUUCGAUCUGGAAUCCCUCAUUCUUUGAGGCCGCAAAUGUGGAUGAGAAUGUCUGGAGCAUUAGAGAAGAAACAGCAAUCAGAAUUAUGUUACAAAGAGAUUGUGAAAAUGUCCAGCAAUGAUUCUCUUAUGACUUCCAAACAAAUUGAAAAAGACUUGUUGCACACCAUGCCGACAAAUGCUUGUUAUAGUCAUACGAACAGCACGGGAAUACCGAGGUUACGAAGAAUUAUGAGAGGAAUCGCCUGGCUAUAUCCAGAAAUCGGUUAUUGUCAAGGAAUGGGAAUGAUAGCAGCUUCACUUCUACUAUUCAUGGAAGAAGAAAAUGCAUUUUGGAUAAUGGUUACCAUAGUUGAAGACUUAUUACCUGCUUCUUACUAUAGUUCAACAUUAUUAGGUAUUCAAGCUGAUCAACGUGUCCUGAGAACCCUGAUAACAAACUAUCUCCCAGACACUGAUGAAAUGUUGAAAAACCAUGAUAUAGAAUUAUCACUGAUAACCUUACACUGGUUUCUUACUCUGUUUGCAAGUGUUGUUCACAUGAAAAUUUUGUUGAGAAUUUGGGAUCUAUUUUUUUUUGAAGGCUCUAUAGUUUUGUUUCAAAUAACGCUCAGCAUGCUCAAAAUGAAAGAACCUCAUCUCAAGGAACUGGAAAAUUCUGCUCAAAUAUUUAAUGCCUUGUCCGAUAUACCAGGUGAUAUAGAUGAUGUUGAUACGUUGUUUGAGAUUUCUAAACAACUCACUAGCUCCAUGAAUGAUGUAAUGCUGGAGACUUAUAGAAGAAGACAUUUAGCCUAUUUAAUGACUGACCAAGGAGCCCUUGUGGGAAAUCCUGAAUCUGCUCCUAAUUUACCGAAACAACAUUUGGCAAGGAGGCAGGUCAAAAAGAAUAAAUCGGUAAUACAACUUUUGCUUUUCAAUGAAGCAGGCGAAGAUGACAUUAAAAGCAAGAAUAUCAAGCAUACAGAAAUAUUGGUCGAUCUGAGGGAGGCAAUUCUACAGAUUGCCCGACACUUCAUGCAGUUGGAUCCAAAAUCAGGUUCAGAAAUAUCUUUGGUGGCUGAUUACUCGAUGGAGAGUCACGCUCAGGACCAUACAAACUACAUAAAUGUUUCGAAAACGAGAAAGCGGAGAGCAAAGGCUUUAUUAGAUUUUGAAAGACAUGAUGACGACGAACUGGGAUUUAGAAAAAAUGACAUAAUCACCAUCAUUAGUCAGAAGGAUGAACAUUGCUGGAUUGGAGAGCUAAAUGGGUUGAGAGGUUGGUUUCCAGCUAAAUUCGUUCAGUUACUCGAUGAACGAAGUAAACAGUAUAGCAGUGCUGGUGACGAUAGUAUAUCGGAAACUGUCACAGACUUAGUAAGAGGUACACUAUGCCCUGUGAUAAAACAAGUUCUUGAACACGGCAUGAAACGUCCUAAUUUUCUAGGUGGGCCAUGCCAUCCCUGGCUCUUUAUAGAAGAAUCUGCGAUGAAAGAAGUAGAAAAGGAUUUCAAUUCAGUCUAUAGCAGACUUGUUUUGUGCAAAACAUAUAGAUUAGAUGAAGACGGAAAAGUACUGACGCCAGAAGAGUUGCUCUACCGCUGUGUACAAGCUAUAAAUUUGUCCCAUGAUAAUGCUCAUGCUCAAAUGGAUGUGAAACUUCGCUCCCUAAUUUGUAUGGGUCUCAACGAACAAGUGCUUCAUCUGUGGCUUGAAGUUCUUUGUUCAUCUAGCGAAAUUGUUCAGAAGUGGUAUCAUCCAUGGUCCUUUGUAUAUAGUCCUGGUUGGGUGCAGAUAAAAUGCGACUUGAGAAUAUUGUCGCAGUUAUCAUUCAACUUGAAUCCCGACUGGGAGUUGCCAGUCAAAAAAGAGAGGAAUAACCAACCUUUGAAAGAUGGAGUUAGAGAUAUGUUAGUCAAACAUCACUUGUUCAGUUGGGAUAUUUAAUGAAUACACCAUUUUUAUGUAAACUAUUUGUAAUACCUCUUACUAUCAAAAUGCAAUUUAUUUAUUUAUUA